GAUCUGCCUUUAGUUGAAAGAGCAGAACAUCAGAAUGGGAGAUAACACAUUGCUACUCCCCUUCCACCUUCUUCAGGAUAAAGAGUAGUGAAGGAAUAGCACAGUCUUAGAAGAAUCUUCAUUCCGGAAGUGCUUCAGGAAUCAUGCUGGAGAAAUUCUGCAACUCUACAUUUUGGAAUUCCUCGCUCCUGGAUAGCCCGAAGGCAGACCUGCCACUUUGUUUUGAGCAAACUGUUCUGGUGUGGAUCCCUUUGGGCUUCCUUUGGCUCCUGGCCCCUUGGCAGCUCCUCCAUGUGUACAGAUCCCGGACACAGAGAUCAGCUGUAACCAAACUCUACCUUGCUCAGCAGGUGUUCGUUGGUUUUCUUCUUAUUCUAGCUGCCAUAGAACUAGCCCUUGUACUCACAGAAGACUCUGGAGGAGGUACAGUCCCUGCUGUUAGAUAUACCAACCCAAGCCUCUACCUAGGCACAUGGCUCCUGGUUUUGCUGAUCCAACACAGCAGACAAUGGUGUGUGCAGAAAAACUCUUGGUUCCUGUCCAUAUUCUGGAUUCUUUCAAUUCUCUGCAGCACUUUCCAAUUUCAGACUCUGAUCCGGACACUCUUAAAGGGUGAUGAUUCUAACCUGGCCUACUCCUGCCUGUUCUUCAUUUCCUAUGGAUUCCAGAUCCUGAUCCUAAUCUUUUCAGCAUUUUCAGAAAAAAAUAACUCAUCAAAUAAUCCACUGACCACCGCUUCAUUUCUGAGUCGCAUUACCUUUAGUUGGUAUGACAGAAUUGUUUUGAAGGGUUACAAGCAUCCUCUGACACUCAAAGAUGUCUGGGAUGUUAAUGAAGAGAUGAAAACCAGGACACUCUUGAGCAAGUUUGAACUGUGCAUGAUGAGAGAGCUGCGGAAAGCCAGACGGGCAUUCCAGAGACGACAGCAGAAGAACUCCCAGUGGAGCUCAGGAGCCAGGCUGCACAGCUUGAACAAGAACCAGAGCCAAAGCCAAAAUGUCCUCGUCCUGGAAGAUGCUCAAAAGAAAAAAAAGAAGAAGUCUGGGACCACAAAAGAUGCUCCGAAGUCCUGGUUGGUCAAGGCCUUGUUCAAAAGUUUCUACAUGAUUCUCCUGAAAGGAUUCCUGCUGAAGCUGGUGCAUGACAUCUUGAUGUUUAUGAACCCUCAGCUACUAAAAUUGCUGAUCUCCUUUGCAAAUGACAGUGAUGCAUAUGUGUGGACUGGAUAUAUGUAUGCCAUUGUCUUGUUUGUUGUGGCUCUCAUUCAGUCGGUCUGCCUUCAGAAUUAUUUUCAAUUUUGCUUCGUGCUGGGCGUUAAUAUACGAACAACCAUCAUGGCUUCUGUAUACAAGAAGGCGUUGACCCUAUCCAACUUGGCCAGAAAGGAGUAUACCAUUGGAGAAACAGUGAACCUGAUGUCUGUGGAUGCCCAGAAGCUCAUGGACGUGACCAAUUUCAUCCACAUGCUGUGGUCAAGUAUUCUACAGAUUGCCUUAUCCAUCUUCUUCCUAUGGAGAGAGCUGGGACCUUCAGUCUUAGCAGGUGUUGGUGUGAUGGUGCUCCUAAUCCCAGUUAAUGGGAUACUGACCACCAAGAACAGGAAUAUUCAGGUAAAAAAUAUGAAGAAUAAAGACAAACGUUUAAAGGUCAUGAAUGAGAUUCUCACUGGAAUCAAGAUUCUGAAAUAUUUUGCCUGGGAACCUUCAUUCAAAGAACACAUCCAUAACCUCCGGAAGAAGGAGCUCAAGAACUUGCGGGUCUUUGGUCAGCUACAGUCUACAAUAACAUUCCUCUUAUACUUAGCUCCAGUGCUGGUGUCUGUGACUACAUUUUCUGUUUAUGUCCUGGUGGACAGCAACAAUGUCUUGGAUGCACAGAAGGCUUUCACCUCCAUCACCCUCUUCAAUAUCCUGCGCUUUCCCCUGAGCAUGUUACCCAUGGUGAUCUCCUCCAUGCUCCAGGCCAGUGUUUCUAUAGAUCGGCUAGAGAAGUACUUGGGAGGGGAUGACUUGGACACAUCUGCCAUUCGACAUGACAGCAAUUUCGACAAAGCUGUGCAGUUUUCUGAGGCCUCCUUUACUUGGGAACAUGAUUUGGAAACCACAGUCCGAGAUGUGAACCUGGACAUUAUGCCAGGCCAACUGGUGGCUGUGGUGGGCACCGUGGGCUCUGGGAAAUCCUCUUUGAUAUCAGCCAUGCUGGGAGAAAUGGAAAACAUCCAUGGGCACAUUACCAUCAAGGGUACUAUUGCCUAUGUCCCACAGCAGUCUUGGAUUCAGAACGGCACCAUAAAGGACAACAUCCUUUUUGGAUCAGAGAUGAAUGAAAAGAGGUACCAGCAAGUUUUGGAGGCCUGCGCUCUCCUCCCAGACUUGAAAAUGUUGCCUGGAGGAGACCUAGCUGAGAUUGGAGAGAAGGGUAUAAAUCUCAGUGGGGGCCAGAAGCAGCGGAUCAGCCUGGCCAGAGCUACCUAUCAGAAUUCAGACAUCUACAUUAUGGAUGAUCCCCUGUCUGCUGUGGAUGCUCAUGUGGGAAAACAUAUUUUUAAUAAAGUUUUGGGUCCCAAUGGCCUGUUAAAAGGCAAGACUCGAGUCUUGGUUACACAUAGCAUUCACUUUCUGCCCCAAAUGGAUCAGAUCGUGGUUCUGGGGAAUGGCACCAUCUUGGAGAAAGGAUCCUACAGUGAUUUGUUGGCAAAGAAAGGAGCAUUUGCUAAGAAUCUGAAGAUGUUCCUAAAACAUGCGGAUCCUGAAGGGGAAGCCACAGUCAAUGAUAGCAGUGAAGAAGAAGACAAUGAUGACUAUGGGCUAGUGUCCAGUAUAGAAGAAAUCCCUGAAGACGCAGCCUCCAUGACCAUGAAAAGAGAGAACAGCUUCCGUCGAUCACUUAGCCGCAGGUCCAGUGGCAGGCAUCAGAAGUCCCUGAAAAACUCCUUGAAAACUCAGAAUGGUAACAUCCUGAAGGAGAAGGAAGAAGUGAAAGGACAAAAACUAAUUGAGAAGGAAUUCAUGGAAACUGGAAAGGUGAAGUUCUCGGUCUACUUGAAGUACCUACGAGCAAUGGGAUGGUGUUCAAUAUUCUUCAUCAUCUUUGGCUUUGUGAUGAAUUCUGUGGCUUUUAUUGGAUCCAAUUUCUGGCUCAGUGCUUGGACCAGUGACUCUAAAAUCUACAACAGUACCAACUAUCCAGCCUCUCAGAGAGACUUGAGAGUUGGAGUCUAUGGAGCUCUGGGAGCAGCACAAGGUAUAUGUGUGCUCAUAGCAAAUCUCUGGAGUGUCCACGGUUCCACUCAUGCAUCAAACAUCUUGCAUAAGCAACUGCUGAACAAUAUCCUUCUAGCACCCAUGAGAUUUUUUGACACAACACCCACAGGUCGGAUUGUGAACAGGUUUGCUGGUGAUAUUUCCACAGUGGACGACACCCUUCCUAUGUCCUUCCGCAGCUGGAUGUUAUGCUUCUUGGGGAUAAUUAGCACCCUUGUCAUGAUCUGCAUGGCCACCCCCAUCUUCAUUGUUGUCAUCAUUCCUCUUGGCAUUAUUUAUGUGUCUGUUCAGAUGUUUUAUGUGGCCACUUCCCGCCAGCUGAAACGUCUGGACUCCGUCACCAGGUCCCCAAUCUACUCUCACUUCAGUGAGACUGUGUCAGGUCUGCCCGUUAUUCGAGCCUUUGAGCACCAGCAGCGAUUUCUAAAUCACAAUGAGAUGGAGAUUGACAACAACCAGAAAUGUGUCUUUUCCUGGAUUGUCUCCAACAGGUGGCUUGCAGUUCGCCUAGAGCUGGUUGGGAACCUGAUUGUCUUCUGUUCAGCCUUGAUGAUUGUUAUUUAUAGACAUACCCUAAGUGGGGACAUCGUGGGCUUUGUUCUAUCCAAUGCACUCAAUAUCACGCAAACCCUGAACUGGUUGGUAAGGAUGACAUCAGAAGUAGAAACCAACAUUGUGGCUGUCGAGCGAAUAAAUGAGUACAUCAAAGUGGAAAACGAGGCACCCUGGGUGACUGACAAGAGGCCUCCGCCAGAUUGGCCCAGCCAAGGCCAGAUCCAGUUUAAAAACUACCAAGUGCGGUACCGGCCCGAGCUGGAUUUGGUACUGAAAGGGAUCACUUGUGACAUCAAGAGCACAGAGAAGGUUGGUGUGGUGGGCAGGACAGGAGCUGGAAAGUCAUCCCUCACAAACUGCCUCUUCAGAAUCUUAGAGGCUGCAGGUGGCCAGAUCAUCAUCGAUGGAGUAGAUAUCGCUUCCAUUGGACUUCAUGACCUUCGAGAGAAACUGACCAUCAUCCCUCAGGACCCCAUCCUGUUCUCCGGAAGUCUAAGGAUGAAUCUAGACCCUUUCAACAAAUACUCGGAUGAGGAGAUUUGGAAGGCCCUGGAGCUGGCUCACCUCAAAUCUUUUGUGGCUGGCUUACAACAUGGGUUGUCCCAUGAAGUGUCAGAGGCCGGUGGCAAUCUGAGUAUAGGGCAGAGGCAGCUGCUCUGUCUGGGCCGGGCUCUGCUGCGGAAAUCCAAGAUUCUGGUGCUGGAUGAGGCCACGGCUGCAGUGGACCUAGAGACAGAUCACCUCAUUCAGACGACCAUCCAGAAUGAGUUCUCCCACUGCACAGUCAUCACCAUUGCUCACAGGCUGCACACGAUCAUGGACAGUGACAAGGUAAUGGUCCUAGACAAUGGAACGAUUGUGGAGUAUGGCAGCCCUGAAGAACUGCUGAAAAACCCUGGACCCUUUUAUUUUAUGGCCAAAGAAGCUGGCAUUGAGACUGCGAAUGAGACAGCAUUCUAGCAGCACGUCCCAUGGGACAGAGAAGGACUCUGAGGAUCAUUCCGUAUUUAAUUUCUUAUGAAUAUAUAAUACAUACAAAAGUAUGUAUAAAAUAUACAUUUUAAAGAAGGAUAAGUGGGUACUUACUACCCAGGUUAAGAAAAUGUGUAUAGGGCAGCGCCUGUGGCUCAAAGGAGUAGGGCACCGGCCCCAAAUGCCAGAGGUGGCGGGUUCAAACCCAGCCCUGGCCCAAAAAUGCAAAAAAAAAAAAAAAAAGAAAGAAAAGAAAGAAAGAAAAUGUGUAUACCUGGGCACCUUGGAAAACCCCUUAAUUGUCUCCCUGCCUGCCCCUCUCAGUGACAACCACUAUCCUGAAUUUAUUAACUAUUCCCUUAUCUUUCAUUCUCAUUUUUCUUCCUUUGUAUGUAUAUAUUUAACUUGUGUAAAUAGAUUGACUCACUGCAUAUAUUCUUCUCUGAAUUGAUUCUUUUGUUCAAUAUUUGAGAUUCAUCCAUGUUGAUGCAAAUAGUUCAUUAAUUUUCACUGCUCUGUAGUCUGGCAUUGUAUAAAUACAUUACAAUCUAUCCAUUUUAA